UAGCGCCGUCUCGAACUCCACCCACAGCCUUCGUUUCCCCAAAUGCACCCUUUGCUAACUCUCCAGCUCAUUAACGUAAUUUCAGGUUGCAGCCACACCGCCUCAGAAAAAUCAAAAUGAAUGGGAACAGAAUGCUGCUCUUCCUGCUCUUAAUCCUCUUCCUCCUCACGCCGGCAUCUGCCGUCGCUUCGGUCAUUGACGAUGAUGCCGAUGCAAUCAUUGCCCGCUUCCAAGAAUACCUUCGCAUCAACACCGCCCACCCGUCGCCGGACUACGACACUUCAGCCCGUUUUCUUCUCGCCCAAUCAGCCUCCAUCGGCCUCCAUGCCGAAACUGUGGAGUUUGCUGCAGGAAAGCCCCUCGUUCUUCUCUCUUGGCCUGGCCGUCUCCCCUCCCUCCCCUCCCUCCUCCUCAAUUCCCACACCGACGUCGUCCCCGCUGAACCCCACAAGUGGCGUUAUCCUCCCUUCUCUGCAUCCACCGAUUCGGAUGGAAAAAUCUUUGCUCGAGGCUCUCAGGACAUGAAGUGCGUUGGCCUCCAAUACAUAGAAGCGAUCCGCCACUUGAAAGCCAAGGGGUUUACCCCUGAUAGGACCAUCUACGUCUCCUUCGUGCCCGAUGAGGAGAUCGGCGGUCAUGAAGGGGCCGAAGCCUUUGCCAAAUCUGAGAAGUUUCGUUCUCUGAAUGUUGGGGUGGUGUUCGAUGAGGGGUUAGCCUCGCCGAGUGAGGAUUAUAGGGUUUUCUACGCAGAGAGGAGCCCCUGGUGGAUGACGAUUAAGGCCAGAGGGGCACCAGGGCAUGGGGCUCUGAUGUAUGAUGGGAGUGCGAUGGAGAAUUUGGCUAAGAGCUUGGAAGUGAUUAGAAAGUUCAGAGCAUCGCAGUUUGAUCUAGUUAAGGCUGGGAGGAAGGCUGAAGGGGAGGUGGUGUCGGUUAACAUGGUUUUUCUUAAAGCCGGGACCCCAUCUUCCACCUCCCGAACGGGAUUCGUCAUGAACAUACAACCAUCUGAAGCUGAGGCUGGCUUUGACAUUCGGGUGCCUCCAAAUGCUGAUCCUCGAGCUUUAGAGAGACGAAUUGCAGAAGAGUGGGCUCCAUCUUCGCGGAAUUUGACCUUUGAGAUUGGACAGUUCAUUCAGAAAGUUCCUGUGCAUGACAUGUUUGGCAAUCCAGCCAUUACAACUGCUGAUAGUUCCAACCCAUGGUGGACUUUAUUAGUCGAUGCUGUACAAAAGGCCAAUGGAAGGCUUGCUAAACCAGAGAUUUUUCCUGCAUCCACUGAUGUUCGUUAUUUCCGUGCACGUGGUAUACCAGCAUUUGGAUUUUCGCCAAUGGCCAAUACUCCAAUUUUACUCCAUGACCAUAAUGAGUUCUUGAACAAAGCUGAAUACUUGAAAGGGAUUGCUAUUUACGAAUCAAUCAUCAAAGAGUUUACAACUUAUAGGGAGCUUGUCCUGGAUGAUGAAUCGAGGGCAGAGCUGUAAACUGAUGAAGAGCCAUCCCUGUUUUAUUAGUAGCUCUUCUGAUGUUUCACGUCCGCUACUAUUUUCAGCAAAACCUGUCUUGUAGGUUGGGCCUUAGUUGUUAGACUUUGAAGGACUUGUAAUUUAACUGUGAACGUGCUGAAUUUAUCUUCCUUUAUCUUUGUAAUUACAUAGUUUGGCUUAUGACAAAAUUUGCCAUA